UGAAUGACAGCGUCGAGAGGGCCGGGCCGGGCAGGGCAGGGCCCCCGGUCGCUAUGGAGGCGCCAAGGCUUUUGGGUCCUGAGACAGGGUGGUGAAAAGAAUGCUACAGAAGUAGAUAACUGUGAAUUGUGAGGUACAAUGCCAUGGGUUCCGAGCAGGAAUUUUAAAGCUCCUAUGGCCGCUGCAGAGAACGUCCCGUGUACGCGCCGUGUCAUUCCCGUUCCCCACAAUCCUUCUGUUGACCGUGAAGUCCUUCGAUCAGUCUGUCAGCUGCCACAAGUUUGGUUCGAAUUUAACCUUUGUAAGCAUCUAAGUGCACAGCAAUCUAUCUCUCACUGAACAAUGAGGAACUGUUCUCCGGCAAGAUGGAGCUGCCUCCGGCCUGAGAUGUUUCCCCGCCUGGUAUCCGAUGUUGUCCGGCCCUUGCAGUACCACUUGUCAAGCAAAUGCCAGAGGAGCAGCUCAAUUGCACCUGAGUCAAGCGUGAGGCCAUUGCCUAGUCAGGCCCAUGUGGUGAUCUGUGGUGGAGGGAUUGUAGGGUCUUCAGUAGCGUAUCACCUCUCCAAGCUCGGGUGGAAUGAUGUUGUGUUGCUGGAGCAAGGACGGUUAGCUGGAGGAACUACCCGUCUUUGUGGUGGCAUUGUAAGCACUGUCAAGCAUAUUGGUAUAGAAACCCAGAUGGCAGACUAUUCAAACAAACUUUAUCAGCAUUUGGCACAAGAAACUGGCAUUGACACUGGUUAUGUGCAAACUGGAUCAAUGUCACUGGCUCAGACACAGGAUCGACUUAUCUCAUUGCGCCGUCUUGUUUCCCGAUUACAGGUUAUGGGAAUUGCCUGUGACAUCAUCAGUCCAAAGCAGGUAGCACAACUGCACCCUCUAGUGAACAUCCAUGACCUGGUUGGAGCAAUGCACGUCCCAGGGGAUGCUGUCAUCUCACCACCAGAUGUUGCUCAGGCACUGGCAAGAGUUGCUGUAAACAGUGGUGUCAAGAUAUAUGAAGGCACCAGUGUCAAUCAUGUGAUGGUCGAAGAUGGUCAUGUGACUGGAGUAGAAACUGACAGAGGGCACUUAGAGUGUGAAUUCUUUGUGAAUUGUGCAGGCCAGUGGGCGUAUGAGCUUGGUUUAGCAAGUGCCGAGUCGGUAUCUGUCCCGUUGCAUCCCUGUGAGCACUUUUACCUGGUGACACGACCCCUCAAACAGGCACUACCCCUUGACUCACCAGUGAUCGUGGAUCUUGAUGGUAGGAUCUAUAUCCGCAACUGGCAGGGUGGUGUGCUGUCUGGGGGUUUUGAAAAGAACCCCAAACCUAUUUUUACAGAGGGCAAGAACCAGCUUGAAUUCCAGAACAUGCGUGAAGAUUGGGAUCACUAUGAGCCACUGCUGAGCGCAUUGCUGCGGCGGAUGCCCUCCUUGGACACCACAGAGAUCCUGCGGCUGGUGAACUGUCCAGAGUCCUUCACUGCUGACAUGAGAUGCAUCAUGGGAGAGUCAGCAACCGUGAGGAACUAUUUUGUGCUGGCGGGAAUGAACUCCUGUGGCUCAUCCUUUGCUGGUGGAGCAGGAAAAUUCUUGGCUGAAUGGAUGGUUUAUGGAUACCCCUCAGCAAAUGUUUGGCCAUUAGACAUCAAACGCUUUGGAGUGCUCCAGAGCAGCCGCACAUUCCUUCGACAUCGUGUCAUGGAAGUGAUGCCGCUAAUGUAUGAACUGAAGGUUCCUCGCUGGGAUUUCCAAACUGGCCGACAACUCAGAACGUCUCCCUUGUAUGAUCGUUUGGAUGCACAGGGUGCUCGCUGGAUGGAAAAGCAUGGUUUUGAAAGAGCUAAGCAUUUUGUCCCUCCUGGGAAAGAUUUGCUUCAGUUGGAUCAGAGGAAGACCUUCUACAAACCUGAUUGGUUUGACAUUGUUGGAGCAGAAGUGACUUGCUGCAAGGAGGCUGUUUGUGUAAUUGACAUGUCAUCUUUCACCAAGUUUGAACUUAGUUCCUCAGGUGACCAAGCACUUGAGGUUUUGCAGCACCUCUGCUCCAAUGACUUGGAUGUUCCAGUCGGACAUAUUGUGCACACAGGAAUGCUGAACGAUCAGGGUGGCUACGAGAAUGAUUGCAGUGUUGUGCGACUCAGCAAACGCAGUUUCUUUAUUAUUUCCCCCACGGAUCAGCAGGUCCAUUGUUGGUCUUGGCUCAAGCAACAUAUCCCCAGAGAUAAUCAGCUGCAGCUUGAGGAUGUAACUUGGAAAUACACAGCACUGAACUUGAUUGGACCCCGUGCAAUGGAUGUCCUUUCUGAGUUGUCUUACGUCCCAAUGACUCCAGAUCACUUCCCUUCGCUGUUCUGCAAGGAGAUGAGUGUUGGUUAUGCCAAUGGUAUCCGGGUGAUGAGUAUGACACACACAGGAGAACCUGGUUUCAUGCUAUAUAUUCCCAUUGAGUAUGCACUUCAUGUCUACAAUGAAAUCAUGAAUGUGGGGCAGAAGUACGGAAUCCGGAAUGCCGGCUACUAUGCACUGCGCAGCCUCAGGAUCGAAAAGUUCUUUGCAUUUUGGGGCCAGGACUUGGAUGCUACAUCGACACCAUUGGAGUGUGGGCGUGAAUUCCGAGUCAAAUUUGACAAGGGGAUUGACUUUAUUGGCCGAGAGGCAUUACUACAGCAAAGACAGAAAGGAGUUUGCCGACGCUUUACCAUGUUUAUCUUGGAUGAUCAUGACAUGGAUCUUGACCUCUGGCCCUGGUGGGGAGAGCCCAUAUACCGGAAUGGAAGCUAUGUUGGCAUGACGACCAGCAGUGCCUACAGUUACACACUGGCCCGCCACGUUUGCUUGGGUUUUGUUCACCAUUACGAUGAAGACUCUGGAGCCAAGCUGGUGGUGACCCCAGAGUAUGUCAAUUCUGGGAACUAUGAGAUCGAGAUUGCUAGACAGCGCUUCAGUGCCAAGGCCAAACUUUACCCAUUCAGCUCCCUGUUUACCCAGAAACGGAGGAAGGAUGAAAUGGAACUGAGCAGCUUUCAAGGGAAAUGAGACACAGCAGUGCUUUCCAGCAUUAAGAUAGUGAUGCGUUGAUAUCCCUCCACUCCCUCAUUCUUAAAGGCAAAAUUGUUUCUCUGGUUUUUUGUCUAAUGUAUAUAAACAGUUUUAAAAAAGGUUCUGUACCUGAAGGCACUGUAUUUGGUUUUGCUUGCUUUAACCUACAAUGGAAAAUGCUGCUGUGAAUUGGUGCAUUACUUUUGUUGUGUCUUUUUUUAAAGCAAGUUCAGGGCCUCUGGUAUUUUGGUUCCUUUGCUUUUUUCCAGAUGAAGUUGUAUGUUUUCACAGGGAAGUAUGGGCCUUGCGUUGCUCAACAAAUAUUUGGGGAGAUCCUUUCAUUGACAACACAGGUUUCUGUGGUAUUAGCCACUUCAUAAGUGUGUAGAAGGUAUAAAGCAACUCAACAAAACACUCUUAUUUUCACUUCGGAUCUGUACUAAUUUAUAUUUGUCUUCCAAGAGCCAAUUAGGUGCAGAUAGCCUUAACCACUCAUUGAAGAAUCUGCCGACAUUGUAUAACUUGUGUGGUUCUGUGUUGAUGAGCUCAAUUUAUUGCUACGAGAAUUCUAGGAACUUUGCAGUGAUAUUUAGCUAUCUGCCGAUAACCCACCCAUGCAUGUCCAUUCUGUGUUUCUUAUAGUGAUCCCAAAUUGAAAAAGCCAAUAAAUAUAUUUUUUGAAUUGUUUGUUUAAGUUGA